UCAGCCACGCCCUCGCCCGCAGACUCGUUGUUGUCAAUCGCAGCCUGUUCGGCUCGAGUGCGCCUCUUUUCUUGGCGGCCGCCAUCGCGCGCAUCGCGCGCGUUAUCAUGGGGAAGCGCCCGCGCAGCUCGCAAGCGGCUGCCUCUGGCGCCGAGGACGGUUGCGAUGGGGCGGUGGUGGGGGGCCUGGCCAGCCGCGUGCUGCGGUGGAAGAGCGAGCGCCCACCAAGAGAUCACGUUGGGCGGCCGCUCCGCAUAUUGACAGGGCCCCCCCUGCUGUUCCAGAGGAACGUGAUGGGAGGGGUUUUCCCGCGCAGGAUGCGGGGCGGCAAGUUUCUCGGCGACCAGGUCUGGAUCCCCAUGUCUGCGCGGGUUCCUCCGCUUGUCGAGCCAGUUGGCAGAGAGCUCCCAUUGCGUGUCUAUGAUGUCUGUCCUGGCGCCGCUGCCUCUGGCGCGACGAUGCAGAUGCAGCGCGCCGUGAGUGUGGGCCGCAUGUGGGCGUUGGCAAGCGAGCAUCCUCUCGCGGCGACUCUCCUGAUCUAUCGCAAGGAGACGUGGGUCAAAGGUGUGCGGGAUAGCGGAGGCCGCGCAAACGAUGGUUACCAGAGCCCGUACAUCCUACCAGUCAGUUUGGCAGGGGGUGGAAAGGUCAUUUACAUGGGCCUUGCCACGAAGGGCAUCCACAAGGACAUGUUUGCUCUUUGGUGGCGGCCGAGCAGGAAAGGUGCAUGCUGGAUUGACGCGUGCGUCAGGGCUGCGCGGCAGGUCUUCUUCGACGUCUGCGAGCUGGAUGCGCAGAGCGUCUUCCCCAUGCGCGAGGGUGGGUCGUGGGCGAGCGGCGAUCCCAAAGCUGCCUCUGGCGCGCUCGCGGGAUCAGGCGGCGAGGGGCCCGCGGAGGAAGCAGUCGCUUGGCUGCGCAGUGGAAACCUCGCGAGGAGCAGGCGGCGUCGCGUCUCCCGGCUCAUCGCCCUCCUGCACGGCGAAUGCCUGCCCAUUAUGAACCCUUCAAAUAUCAUCAACGGCAUAAAGCACUUCAGCGACAAGGCCGAGCGCCAGGACGAGCGGUGGGACAUUGUGAAGGCUUUCGGGCCGCAGAAGAUGCAUUAUCUGAACCUUUUCAGGGCGGAGUUCGGAAACGUUUCUCUCGCGGAGGGCAGGGGGGAAUGUUGGCUUACUCACGCCUGGCCACACUUGAAACCUGUCUCUGGCGGUGGUCCGCUCGUCCAGUGCUUGCCGCGGGAUUCGCCCACGUGGCAGUUGCUUCGCGUUGAUUGGAACAUCGCGACAGUUCCUGACUUCUCUAAGCACUUGUUCAACAAGCACGACGGGGAGGCCAGAGUCCUCCAGGACUUCGGCUGGAAGCAUCUGAGCUCUCGCGUUGUUCUUCGCCCGAGACUCUGGCACCCCCAGUCCGCUAGGACCGAGGUGACGCGGGGGUGGCUGUACAAUCGGAAGUCCGACGGCAGGCUCACGUUGCAAGAGGAGUUCGACGUGGAGAUCCGAGUUGGUCAUGUCGUCACGCUCGCCCACUUGUUCUACAUGGGCGCAGCGUUCUGA